UUCAAAACAGCCUAAAACAGCCUAAAACAGCCCCAAGGACAUCCAUCUCGAAAAUUCUCAAGUUGGACCACAAUCAUCAAAACAGUCAAGACACUCAUCGCACCCUUCCGAUCGAGGAGAAGCAGACCGUCAGCCAUCAUGGCCUCACUAGACGAACAGAUCCAUCAAGCCGUCCUCGCUGCCCUCAACCCAGGGCCACUACAAUCCGAAGGACUCCACUUCCUCCAGCAACUACGCUCAAAUCCAAAGGACUCAUGGCAGCCCGGUCUCAUCUGCUUCCUCGCCGGCUCUCAGAACGAACAACAACAGGAUCACACUCAGGCUUGGUCCUACAAGUAUCCUCCUCAGACUAGGCUGUUCGGCCUCCAACUGGUAGAUACCAUGCUCCAGCUUCCAACUAGCUCGGAAGAAGAGAUCGGCUUGGUCAAGUCCUGCUAUGAAACCACUCGACAACAACUGUGGGAUUACAUCCAUCGCGAAUUCGUCGAGGGACCUGGAGAACAAGGCCUGGGCUAUCUUCGAAACAAGGUCGUCCAGACCCUCUUCCUCCUAUUCUUCCAAUCCUAUCCCAACAACUGGCCCGACUUCUUCUCAUCUUUUGCCGAUCUGAUCCGUCAACAUCCCAAGGCAUCCACACCUCUCACCAACUCAAACCAACCCUUAAACCCUCGUACAACCGAUCUCUAUCUACGACUCCUUCAUGAAAUCUCUUCAGAACUAUCUGAUGCGCUACUCCGAAUCAAUAAACCUGCGUUCAGGUUGACGAGGGAUGCCGAACUACGUGAUGCCAUUCGAGAGCGUGAUGCGGAGAGGAUUGCACGUGAAACGUUUGGGAUCGUCGCCGAGUCACUCGAAGGACUUUCCAAAAAUGAUCUCAAUCCAAACCAAGGCUUAUACGGAAAGCAGGCCCAGGAAUGUCUUGAGAUGGGUAUCAGGGUCGUCGAAGAUUACGCUUCCUGGAUCGACAUCUCCCUCAUCGUCACACCAACUUGGAUCCCAUUCCUAUUCCAAUCCCUGCGACUCUCCAACAUCGGUAUCCGAUUAGCUGCCGCCGACGCGUUGAUCUGUAUCGUCACUAAAGGGAUGCCCGCAGCUAAUAGAAUCCAACUCUAUAACCUAUUGGGCCUGGUGGAUGUCUUGAAGACUCUCAAGACCGAAAAUAAUGCCCGACGGCAGGCAGGCGAAUGGAGUGAUGAGGAAGAUCAGUUCAACGAACGUCUCGCAAGAAUCUUGAAUGGGAUGGGUGUCGAACUAUGUAAAGUGUGCGACGAUAGCUCGGUGCCUCUGGAAUUCCAAGCUGCCUCACUCGGUCUGGCUACUCAACUCUUACCAUUACUCUUAUCAUUCGUGGAGGAGGACGUAUUUGCUUCGUGUGCAUCCGUACUCCCAUUCUCAUCAGCAAUCUUGUCACGCUACAAAAAAGACAAGAAGUUGUCACCCGACUCUCAUCUGAACCAGGAGAAGCGCACAUUCCUCUCUCAGCUCUUACGGCUUAUCGUCAUCAAGGUCCGCUAUCCACCCGACGAUCUCUUCCAGUGGGAACCCCCUGCCCUGCCUGGCGAAACCGAAGAUGAAGAUAUGGUAGUCUAUCAUGAUCGUCGUCGGCAGUUGAAAACCAUCAUAGAAGCUAUUGCGGUCAUCGAUGAGACCUUGUUUCAAGAGACUAUCGAUCCACUCAUCUCAAACGUAUUAGAUCACAUUAUCUCGGAAGGAGGAAACGCUUCUAACGUUUGUUGGCAGGAGAUCGAACUUGCUCUGGUGAUGCUUUACAACUAUGGCGAGGCUGUUAGAGGUUCUGGCCCCACGAGUUUCCGAUCCUACGUUAUGAUCCCACCGGAGGAGAUUAAAAAACACAACAAAAAUAAAGACUACAAGAUCAACUACUCUCAGUACCCACUGUCUAGCCUCGGAAACUUAUUACUAAAGGCUUCCAAGGCAUUGACCACCAAAUUCCCUCACCCUUCGAUUGCCGUUCAGUGGUUUGAGUGCGUUACCCGUUACCAUGAAUUCUUCGAAAUCUUCACGGGGGCGAUCCAGGAUGUCUUGCCCACCUUCUUAGAUGACCGGGGUUUACAUAAUUCGGACUUCAAUAUUCGCUACCGUUGCUGUUACCUGUUCUACCGAUUUGUCUUGCAAGGAAAACCUGCUAUCCAGACUCACUUUCAUCCUCAUGAUUGGCAAGCCAUAAUUGAUCAGUUACAGGAUUUGAUCGUCAUUGAAGCUGAGCUCCCUAAUCGAACGGUAUCGAACGGAUCAGGAGAUGAGCAUGAUAUCCUGAUGAAGGCAGUCCAAUCUUCGAGCGUGCUGGACAGUCAACUCUACCUCUUCGAAGCUGUUGGGAUCCUCGUCUCGUUCUUCUCAGCCAAUCCUGAACAACAGAUCGUCUGCUUGCAAUCGAUCCUUGAGCCCUUGAUCACUCAGAUGAGAACUGAACUCAAAAAUCGUCCACUGGAUCCCACCGAUCUGACUAAUGCCUUGAAGAUUCAUCAUUCUAUCAUGGCCGUCGGCGCGAUUGCCAAAGGCUUCCCUAAUUUGUCAUCCAAUACUUCCUCCUCAACCACUUUCCCAUGGUUACAAGUAUUCAAAACAGCAACUGAUGAUAUCAUGAGGGUCACCGAAAGGCUGAAUGAUAUUCGAGUUCUUCGUGAUGCGACUCGUUCAUCAUUUCACAAGAUCGUAGCUACCAUCGGGAUGGAGGCUCUACCUCACGUACCCGUGUUAAUCAAUUGCUUACUUGACAAACUAACUAAGCCCGAGUUGGUAGAGUUUUUAUCGUUUGUGGGACAAUUGGUUCAUAAAUACAAGGAAAAUUUCAUCUCGCUCUUAGAUAACUUGUUGUUACCGCUGUUUUCGAAAAUUAUCAAUUUCCUCGACCAGCCGAUCACCGGCACGGAUGAUGUGAUGUGUCAGUCUGAAUUGAGACGAGGGUAUUUCAAUCUAUGUAAUUCAAUCAUCGGUGCUCAAAUGCAUGGGAUCUUCGUCUCACCUAAUAACCAGCCGCAUCUGGAGACGAUCUUGAAGACAAUCAUCGACCAACUCCAAGCAAAGGAAGUCUUGAUACCUGACCUGAGGUUCGGCUUCGGUCUUCUCAAGAACUUCUCCUCCAUCUGGUUGAAGGCCCCCCAGGCUGGUCCCUCCCCCGUUCCCGGAUUCGAACUCUUUCUCUACCAUCAGGUCGCCCCCCUCUGCUUUGCUAUCCCCUGCAAACCCGGAUUCGAUUGGUCUGAUGCUGAGUCUUAUCUCGUGUUAACGGAAAUCAUUGGUAUCUUGAAGAUGUUGAUGACGACGAGGGGCGAAGAAUUUGUGGAGUUCCUGGUCGGUAACUUAUUUCCAUCGAUGUCUUGUCCUCCCGAGAAAGGACAAAAAUUGAUCAAAGAGAUCCAAGAAACUACUGACUUGAAACCUUCAAGGAAACCAUUGGUUGAAUUCUUUGGUCGGAAUGCAAAAUGAUUAUGAACUACUCCCAUCGAUCCUUUUAUCAGUUUAAUACAUAAAUACAAACUUAAAUACGUAAAUAUAUGGCAACUUGAGUUGGUUGAAGUUGAUUCCAAUCUAAUCAUUUGUUGUGCUCCUGAUGUGUGUCUGCUUCUUCUCUCUUGAUCAGCAAACAAACACUCAAAAAACAAAGUGUGCUGGUCAGUCUGUCUGAG